AUGGCCAGUGGUGUUGUUCAGCUCCAAAGAUUGCAGGAUGGCGCUGGCCAAAAGACCGACGCUCUGAUUCUGCAAGGCACAGACGGACAGGCCCUGAACAACCUGACGUCAGCGCCGCAUGCCAUUUGCAGCAUCGGCCAGAUCUUGUGCGUGGCCGCCAAAAAGGAUUUUGACCUUCGUGGAGAUGGGAAGGAUGCGAAGCCGAAGCUGGUUGAGCAUCCCGAGUCUUUCCGCGCCACACUGGUACAGGUUGCACGUGAAUCGCACGGUGCAUUCCAGAAGGCGCACGAGAGCAUGCUGCAGCUUGGUUUGCAGAUGGGUGAAGUGCCUGAGCACUUGAAGCAAACAGUCAAGCUGCUGCUGAACAAAGACCAGAUGCCGGUGAGACAAAUGGGCAAGCAUGUGCAAAUCCAGCUGGAGUCUGUGGAGAAGGUGGGCGAGACUUGUUUGGAGCUGGCGGAGAGCACUCAUGCCAAGUUCGACGGAGUUAUGCAGCUCUUGUGGGAGACGCAGAUGUUGCUGACUGCGAAAAAGGGCGCCACUGAGAAGGAGAAGGAAGAUAUAGCAUCGAAGCAGAAGGCAGCCAGCAUGAGCCUUGAGGCGAUGAAGGGCAGUAAGACCAAGCUGGAGGAGGAGUUUGGGAAGUUGGACAAGGAAGCCACGGAAGCUCGAGAAGACAUGAAGAAGAUCAUGGACUCGAAGCCUUCGGGUGGCGACUUGAUAGGAGCCGCGUUUGCCGAGGCAGGAUGCGCUCUGAUCCAGAGCUUGGGGCAAGCGGCAGGCCAGGCUGCUGUGAUGUAUGCCGGAGGUGGAGCUGGGGCGGCCGCGCAAGGCCUUGGCGCCCUCGGCAAGGCUGACGCCAAAGCCGCCCCGGCGCCCUCGGGGGCAACGGCGGGGGCGGCGGCUGGGGCAACGGCCCCGGCCGUUGCGCCGGAGGCUGCUGCGAAUUCCGAGUUUGCCCCGCAGGUGGGUGUGCUGAUGGGUGCCGUGUCAGGGCUCUCAGGCGCCUUGAGCUCCGAGCUCACACAGGAGGCCGGCCAGCAAUGGCGAAGCAGCAAGGGAGUGAUUUCCAAAGUCUUGGAAAAGGCGCAUGCCAACAGCGGCGGCCUCGCCAAAGAUGCCGUGCAGCUUGGGCAAUCCAUGCUGGAUCCCUUGGAGCAGGCCACGGCUGCCCUCAAAAGCGGAGAUGCUGCCGCCUGCUCAAAGCUCAAGGAGAAGGUCGGCAACUUGAGCCUCAAGGCUCAGGAGAUUGUUGUGAAGAAGGCCGCCGUGUUGCCCAGUCUCCUUCCUCCAGCCCAGCCGUGCCAGCAACAAGGCCAGCCUGCGGCAGCUCCCACGGGGAGCAUCGGCGCGACCAUGACGGAGACUUGGAAGUUCCAAACGGCUGCUGCCAAGGAGCUGCUGAAGGAAGCCAACCGGCGCCGGGACGAGGAGCUCGAGCGCUUGCGUGGCCUCAACGAGAAGAUGCUCAGCGAGAACCUCAAGCUGUCGCAGCUCAAGCUGGAGGAUCUGAACAUCGACCAGAUCAUGCAAGUCCUGCGCCAGGCCAUUGUGCAGAUUGGCUGCUGCCAGGAGGCAUGGUCAAGGCUGGUGCAGUAUUUCAUCUACAUCAACGAGCUCACCAAGUUCUGCUGCAAAAAGCAGCUUCCAGACUUCGUGAAGUAUGCGUCGCAGAUCAGCCAAGAUGUGCAGCAGGGCGAUGCCUUCGGCAAAUGUUUGCGGGACCAGAUGUAUCAAAUGGUAGUGCGCACCUCGCAGACGGCCUACACGGCUCAACACCUGGCGGAGGUGUACCACCGCAUCUCGGAGCAGCACUUUCUGGAGCCCUUGGCCUCCGUGAGCAAGAUCGCCGGCAUGGACCCGGGGUUCGAGCUGGACAAGCUGCGGCAGGGGCUCAUUGAGCAGUGCGGCCGGGCCACAGGAGCUGUGAAGAAGGCCAUUGAGCAGCAGAAGACCGAGACCAAGAAGCAGAUCGAAGAUCGGAUUCGCCGAAUCGAGACGGAGAUGGAGGCUCACUUUUGGUCAGGCUCCACCAGCGGUGCAAAAUGUGGUUGUGAAGGCAGUCGAAGACGUGAGGAAGGGCGGUGGCUAUUCGGCUCCACCGGCUGUUGCAAUCGAUCUCAAUGA